AUGGUGGAUCCACUUAGUGGUGCUUUAAAAAUAAAGAAAGGUGAAAUGUGGUUAAAUACUUUUACACCAGAACUUACAUACAUGAUUAGAUGCAAUACAGAUGUUACUAGCUUGAUGUCAGGUACAGCGAUCAAAGCUGUUGUAGGGUAUAUCACUGAUUAUGUUACAAAAUCAGGAUUAAGUUCAUAUACCACAUUUGAUGCUGUCCGACAAGUAUUCAAUAGAAAUUCUGAGAUGAUCGGAGGUAGUACAGAUAGGCAAAACACAGCUCGGUGCUUGAUGACAAAAAUGGUAAACACAUUGACUGCAAAGAUGGAAAUUGGAAGCCCCAUGGCUUCUCUUUAUCUGCUUGGAAAUCCUGACCAUUAUACCAGCCACAAAUUCAUUCUUUUCUAUUGGAAAAAUUAUGUAAGAGAGGCACGAAGUGCAUGGAUAGAUACGGAAAAUAAUACAACAGAGUCAUUUAACACUAAAUAUAAAGAUGCACCAGACAAAGUAGUUUUGCAGAAGUAUGAUGGCACAUACAUUGGAAUAUCAAGUGUAUAUGAUUAUAUCUACCACCCAACUGCUUAUGAGCGCAUGUCUCUAUAUGACUGGAUAUGUAAAGCCAAAAAAGAGAAGCGUUCAAAAGAAGAACAGCAAGAGUUUGAUGUUCAUUAUGAUAAGGAUGAACUAGAAUCUAAUGCAGAAGAUGAUGACACAGACACAGAAGGAGAAGAUGAAAUUAAUUUUCUUGGUGGAGGAGACAGUAUGGAUGAUGACAUAGAAGAUGAAGUUGGGCAUCAAGAUCUAGACUCUGAGGAUGAACUAAAUGAUUACCAAAUUAUGUAUGAUGAACAUGAAAGCCAUGAAUUUCUUCCAGAGCAUCCUCAGUAUUGUACUCAUAAGGUUACAGUUGUUGAUGAAGAAAAUGCUUUUGUUCCAAAUUUUGUUGGAGGUGGAUUACCAAGAUGUGACCAAGGAGAUCGAGAGUAUUAUUGCUCUACAAUGCUCGCACUUUUCAAACCUUGGCAAUGUGGAAAGUAUCUUAAAUUGGAAAAUGAGUCAUAG